CCGUAGACACAGCUCGGGACGCGGAACUGAGACGUGACCGCUCCGUUACCGCUCCGUUACCGCGUUGUGCAAGAGGACGGACUCCUUCUGGGAAGUUCAUUUUGUUUGUGUUGUAUCCAGAUAAAUACAAAUGUCCCCGCGACAAGAAGCCCCCUGAGCAUCGCGGACAUGUGAAACCAGACUCUGCCGAUGCAAGUCCCGGGCUGGAUUGAAUGGCACUGAGGAUACAAGACUGACUCAGGGGCAGCGCUGCGAUGACCAGCCAUGCAGAGAGCGCUCGCUCCGCGGCCCGGCGGCCGCCCGCCGCGUCGCCCAAGCUCCACGUCCUGCGGUCGCCGUCGAAGGAGAGCGUCGCCGUCCGCUUCUUGGCCCUCGGGAAGGAGGACGAAGACGAGGAGGACGAGGAAGAGGAGGAAGAGCUGUGCACGACGAGCGUCGUGACGGCCUCGGAGGCGAGCGAGGAGGCGGUCGGGGUCGGCGAGCGGAGGGUCCCGACCUCGAACUCGUCUCCCACGAAGUCGUCGAGCUUUCCCUCCGGCGACAAACCCUUCCUCAGCCUCCUGAAGUCCUUCUCCUCCGACGCCGAGUCUCGCGACGGGACCGCCCCCUCCAUCCGGCACCGGCACCUGAAGAGCCUCGUCAAAUCUCUCUCUUCCGACGGCUCCCAGGACUCUUCCUCCGUAUCCUAUCGGUUCCCAGAAUCCCGCCUCAACCUGCAGCUCUUCAAGCAGUUCACCCAGUCCAGGACGGCGUCCGCCGCCAGCGACUCUAAGACCGCCCCGUCGUCCCCGCUGACGUCCCACGAGAACCGCGGCUUCUUCAACGUCUCGGAGGUGGAGGCGCGGAUCGAGGACACCAGGCGGCGUCUCUCCGAGGCCAUCGCCGAGCCGCUGCAGCUGCUGACCAAGAUGAUCGACGACAAGAAGAACGGCGGCGCCCACCGGCCCAAGUCGCUCUCGGCGAGCGCCGCGGAGCUCUCCGUCCACGGCCACCCGGAGAGCAACAACAACGACUGCAUCGAGGAGGAGGAGGAGGACGGCGGCGCGGCGGAGUCGCCCGGCGACGCCAAGAGCCCCGACAGAUCCUCGCUGCUGCACUCGUGCUCCAUGUCGGCGCUCGCCAAGCAAGAGUACGACGACUUCUGCAUCCUGUACAGCGAGGACUUCGAGACCGGCGCCGAGGCGGACGGCGCCGGCAGAACCGAUGAUGCGGGAAGUCGAGCGCCGCCGGCCGGCGGUCCUGAACCCGUCCGGGAAGAGGCCUCCGGCGGCCCGGAGCCGGCGCCGAGCGUCCCCCUCCGCACGCUGCUGCUCCUCACCGGGCUGGUCUACGGGUGUUUGGUGUUGCCGCUGCCCAGCUACGUGGGCGGCGUGCUGCUCGGCGUGGGACUCGGCUUCCUGCUGGCCAUCGGCGCCGUGUGGCUGUCGGGACCCAGACCCUCCGGCGGCUCUUUGAGGCGGUCCAGACUCCACCGGGAUCUGACCCGGCUGGACAUCAAGGAGCCGGAGAUCUACAAGGGCUGGAUGAAUGAAAUAUCGAACUACGACCCCGAGACGUACCACGCCACGCUGACCCACUCCGUGUACGUCCGGUUGGAGGGCUCCAUCAUCCGCCUGAGUAAACCCAACCACAACGUCGCUCGCAGCGCGACGCACAAUGAAGCAAAACCCGACGUCACAUACAUCAGUCAGAAGAUCUAUGAUCUCACCAACAGCAAAGUAUGUAUAGCGCCUCUCAGCCUGGCCAGGAAACGCGUAUGGAAUAAAAAAUACCCCAUAUGCAUCGAACUCGGCCGACAGGAUGACUUCAUGUCGAAGGCCGAGGGCGACACGUGGGAGGCCGGCGAGAGCUCGGACCCCCGGGACCGAGGAGAGGCCUCGGGAGGGGUCAGCAGAGAGCUGACCCUCUAUCUGUUCGGGAGGACUGGGAGGGAGAAGGAAGACUGGUUCCAGAGGUUUCUAUCGGCUUCCAAGCUGAAGGCGGACUUGAGGAAAGCUUCAUUUGCUGCUGGGACAAAGACGGCUCCGAGCUGUCACAGUCGCAGAAGCAGCCGUGGCAGUCUGGACGAGGCGUCGGCCUCUCAGUCCAGGUUAAAGGAUGCCUCGGUGCCAGGGGGCGGGGCCAGAACCAGACCGCUGUUGGACUACAACGUCUACAUGGCCUCCUUACUGCCAACGCAGGCGGUGGUCAGCCCGGCCGCCCCCAGCCCUCCUCUCCAGAGUCCUCAGAGCAGCCCCGGGGCGGACAAGAAGCUUCAGAGCACAACCUCAGCUCAGCCACCACCCAGGGAUGAGGAGGAGGAGAAGAAGAAGGAGGAAGAAGAAGAGGAAGAAGAGGAGGAAGAGGAGGUGGAGGACGCUGUUGCCUGGCUUAACGCGGCUCUCGGCCGGAUCCUCUGGGACUUCUUGGGCGAGCCCUACUGGGCGGAGCUGGUCUCCAAGAAGAUCCAGAUGAAGCUCAGCAAGAUACGGCUGCCGUACUUCAUGAACGAGCUCACGCUCACGGAGCUGGACAUGGGCGCCGCCACGCCCCGAAUCCUGGGGGCCUCCAAACCCUCCAUCGACUACAGAGGUCUGUGGUUCGAUCUGGAGAUCUGCUACAGCGGCUCCUUCCUGAUGACCCUGGAGACCAAGAUGAACCUCAUCCGUCUGGGCAAGGAGGGCGACGGCGUCCGCGUGGGCGAGCCGGGCAAAGACGGGUACAGGCCACGGACGUACUGCCUGGCCGACAGCGAUGAAGAGUCGUCCAGCGCCGGCUCCUCCGAUGAGGAAGACUCCUCGGAUCUCUCCAACGACGCGACGGGAGCCGAGGGUUUGGUCGGAGGCCACAAACCCAGCAAGAUCAUGCGCUUCGUGGACAAGAUCACCAAGUCCAAGUACUUCCUGAAGGCCACGGAGACGGAGUUCAUCAAGAAGAAGAUGGAGGAGGUGUCCAACACGCCGCUCCUGCUCACGGUGGAGGUGCAGGAGCUCCGAGGAACGCUGGCCGUCAACAUCCCGCCGCCGCCCACCGACAGGAUAUGGUACGGCUUCAGGAAGCCGCCUCACCUGGAGCUGAAGGCGCGGCCUAAACUGGGGGAAAGAGAAGUGACUCUCGCUCACGUCACCGACUGGAUCGAGAAGAAACUGGACCAGGAAUUCCAGAAAAUCUUUGUCAUGCCAAACAUGGACGAUUUAUGGCUGACCGUCAUGCAUCCUGCCCUGGACCCGCGCACCGCCGGCGGACCCCCCCUCCUCCCCCCCGCCCCCCCCUCCUCCUCCGGUGGCCUCGCGGCGGACCCGGAUGACCCCGCCCCCCCGGAGAAGGACGGCGCCGGCCAAACAUGAAGAGUGUUUACAGUAUUUACAACUUUGAGCCACAGUCAAAAAGAUCACACGCUAAUGCCCCCCCCCCCGGAGGAAACCUCGUGAAUGUGAGGAAGACGAGGAAACACUAAAGGUGAUCUGUUGCUUGCUGCCAGAAGAAGAAGAAAAGGUGAUUUUGACUUUGAAGGAUCUGAGUAAGUAACUCUAAUGAAGAGGCUCCACAUGUGAAGGCUCACAGGUACAAGAAUACACAAGUACACGAAUACACAAGUACACAAAUACACAAGUACAUGAAGUCCUCUGCACAUGUCGACAUGGCAGCUUUACCACAAAACUCUUUUUUUAUUCUAGAAAUACAAGUUUUACAAUACGAUGAGUUUCAUUUCUGAAUGAUUUAGUGAGUUUCCCUCGAUGAGAAGAACAUGAAGCGUCAUCGGGUUGAUAAAAGUGAAGAUGAAGUGUCGUCGGGUUGAUAAAAGUGAAGAUGAAGUGUCGUCGGGUUAAUAAAAGUACACGAGAGAAGAGACCAAUACUCGAUGUUCGGUUUAAUUCAGCGCGUACACAUUUAACCCGACGUCGGCAGUUUCUCCUCCGGUGUUAACGGUGUUCAUUUGUGCCUGAACGCCUCCCUUUAUAUGCCAAUGAUGCCCUUCAUGCAGCACACACACACACACACACACGCCAUCUCGCUGUCGCACACUGUGUACAUUCCAUCUGAUGACGCUGAUGAAAUCGGCCUCUACAUCCUCUUGUCUCAUGAGGAGCUCCAGUCCUCUGACGGGUCUCUUGAAUGUUUGCGUGGACAGUUUUUCGGUUCCUCUUGUUAUUUUAUGACGAUAGUUUUUUCGCAUUUUGACUGCGGGAUGCAAAUUAUUGCAUGACAUCAUUUUUUGUCAUGUUUUCUUUUGAUAAACACUAUCAUCUCGCAUAUCUUUUCUUUUUUUUCCUCCGUGCGACGGUACCAAGCGGCGUAUUUAUUCCUGCGUCGCUUCACCGCAUUAACGUUGAUGAUGAUAUUGAUUUGAGCUGCGAUGCGUGAGCCUGCUCCAGCUCCACGGUGUGUGCAGCGGUGGCAGCACAGGUACGUGGAACGUACCCCUGCAGGUGGAAGUACCUGUCUAACAGUGUCAUGUUUCUGAUUAAACCAAAGUCCUUUGAUUAGGCCGACUGUGCCACAUUUCUCGCUGCUCAAAUGUACACGACCCUGUAUUGAUUCUAGCGUCUCUGAGGAGAUAUUUACAAACGCCUGCAUUAACGUUGUUUACAGGAAGUCUCGCCUUGUUGGCGUCUUCCGCUCAACCGGAGCGCCGACACGCCAGAUGGAUUUACUUCUGUGUGAUCGUGUUUCCCUCUUAUGCUUUGUUGUUAAGUAUUUGUUUGUGGAACGACUUCACGAGGUGGGUUAUGGUUAUAUUUAGUGUUGUCGACAUCUUUGGAAUAAACUAAAUGAAAGUACGAUUUAUUAUUUUUUUGGAGGAUAUAUGAAGACAGUCAGGAUUUGUAUCUGUGAAUUAUUCUUGUUGACUUUUUAAGAUGAUGACAUUUUAUGGGCCAAAUUCAGUGAUUAGCCGAUGUGUAUCUGCCUUAUUUAUAGAGCAAAAAUAAAAGCAAAAGUUGAUGAAAACC